AUGGCCGUCGUUGGUUUUCUCACAAAUUCUUCCGGAUUUGAAUGCAGUUUAACAACACUUUCACAGAGCUCAGUCACUAAAAUGAACUCAGAAAAUUUCAAAUUGAGCAACACGAGACCUGCUAAUAACGGAUUUUCCGUUUGUAACAACAGCAGUUUGAAAAGAUCAGUUACUUUGGUGAACUUCUCGGACGAGUUUACGACUUGUCACACAGUGAAUUGUGGGGAGUUUGCAAGAAACAGUGAUGUGCCAUCCAUGAGGACAAAGCCGUUGAGAUCAAUUCUUAAGAAGAGCAACUCAUUCGUGAAUUUGAACAAAGCUGAAGAAACCAAAAUUGAGAGAAACGGGCUGCUGGUGAACGCUUUCACGAAGAAUUUUUUGGUCCCAUCCACUGCUGCCUCUGUGAAAAAAUCGCCAACAAAUAAUAAAAAGCCGGGACACCAAAGAUCAUACAUAGACCCGGUUUAUUUGUCUUCUAGCAAGGCUCCAGUGGUGUCUAAUGAAAUGGACAAAGUUGUCAGCCAAUCAGAUCGCUUGAAGUACAAGGUUGCUGUGACGACGGGACCACAAAAAGAUGCUAAAACAUCUGCCAGGGUGUUCAUUACGUUGAAGGGUCAACUGGGCGACCUUCCCAGACGCCAUCUGACGAAGAAAGAAUGCACGAACAUCGAGAAGCCAUUCUCAUUCAAUCCGUCGACAACAAAUGCCUUCAUUUUCGAGGCCAGAGACAUCGGAGACGUCGUAUCUGUCGUCGUUGAGCAUGACGGCGUGAACGAAGAAGAUUCUUGGUUCCUGAAGAAAGUUAAAGUUUCCAAAUCUCCAACAGCAAAUAGAGCAACUACUGCCAUUAAAAACAGCCACAACAGCAGCAAGCACAACCGCGAUAGCAAUAUUUUUAUAUUUCCUUGCAACAAUUGGCUGUCGUUGUUCAAAGGAGAUAAACUUAAGAAGAGGCAUCUCUACUCGAAACACACUCUUAACACAAGCAGUCAGGCAUCUUCUUGCGUUCGAACCGGGUCACUGGAACGCAGAACCAGGCGCCUCUACGCCAUCACACCGUUCAAAAUGUUGCGAAAGAUUUAA